CUUCAUUUUCGUAUACUUUAUCAAUUUCUUUUCUUAUUUUUGUUUUCUUCCUUUUCGUACCCUUUUACUUAUUCCUGUUCCUAGUUUUAUUUGUUCCGUUUCCUAUUUCUCAUGGCUGUUCUUGCGAAAGGCUGUCCCAGCACAUCAACAAUUCUAAUACCCACGACCCGGAGCGUAGUAGCAUGGCGGGCCGGCCCUGGCGUCCCCCGCUUGCCGCAUGUUUAAUGGACACAAAUUCAACUGCAUCGCCACAUCACAGGCAGAACCCCUGGCAGGCAGAACCCCUGGCAGGCAGCAAUGGGUUUUAUGGGUGCGGGCGGCACCAAGUAACGUCUGCAGCCGUUGGUGAUUCGUCGCCUACCCGCCAUCCCCGCUCCCCGCCCGCCUUGGGCGGCUACACAUUGGCGCUCAGCCGCCCCUCGGAGGCUCAGCCACGGGAAGUUGGCCUGCCUACACCUAUUCCCGCCGGCCCUCCUCUCGCGACAAACAUGACUCUCCCUUACGCUCUUCCGUGUUCGCUGUUGGCCCUCGACAGCGGCGGCUCGCUACAGCUACCACCAUGGCAGAUCCGCUGAGCGCCCUCGGUGUCGCGACGGCCGGGCUCGAGCUCGGCCUCGUGGCGGCCAAGUCGAUCCUGGGCGCGGCCAAGCUGAUAAGGGAGCUCAAGGACGCGCCCAAGGAGGCGUCCGAGAUGGUCGACGACCUCACGCACGCGGCCGCGCGCAUCGGGAGCCUCUCGUCCAUCACCAGCGACCUCACGCCCGAGCAGCACGCCCGCCUCUACCGCCCGAUCGCCGAGUUCAACGCCGCCACCGAGAGCCUCGUCGGCAGGCUGGAGGUGCUGACUGCCGGGAAGGGACAAAACGACCGCAAGCGCGGCGCCUUCAAGCGAACCAUGAACCGGGCUCUCUACCUGCAGAUGCGCGACGACGUGCGGGCCGAGCGCGUCCGGUUGGACCGUCUGGAUCAAGAGGUCAAAGGCGAGCUGCAGGUCAUCUUGGCAGAGUCGCAAGGCUUGAUCAGAGAACAUGUCGCUCGAACACUCAGCUUCGCCCAGGACACCAUCGGCCCCGACGUCAAAGCCACCAGGGCUGCUACCACGGCGAUCCAGGACGGGCUCGACUCCGGCUUCAGGCAGACCCGCACCCACAUCGACAGCGAGCUUGCCUACCAUUCCGAAAGCGUCCACCGCAAGCUCGACCUGCUGACCCUCGGGUUCUUCAUGAGCCUUAAGCAGGAUCGCGGCCUGGCCAUGCUGCAGCGAGCCGCGGGCUCGUCCUCGGACCCGGCCUCGAUGCUAGAGCGACUUGUCGCAACCGACCACUCCGGCCCUGGAGGUGGCCCCGAACCCAGAGCCAAAGACAAAGAUGCGCUCGCCCAGCAGGCUGCGUGGCAGCUUGGGCGCUACCCCAGCGCGCUCGGCGAGGCGUGCGACGGCGUCCGGACCGAGUCCCGGCGCCGGAAAAUGCGGUGUUGGUGCCGGCCCUCGGUCGAGACCCGAUCCGCGGCCGGCGGCAUCUUGCGCUUCGAGGCCGAGAGAAGCGCCAGGCACCUGCCAGAUUGCCCCAGAAACGCGCCGAGCUCGUGGCGGUACUCCCUGUCCUUCCGGCUCGCCCCUUUUCUCAACAAGGCCAUUCAGCUCACGCUGGGCGCCACGUCCGGCGCCGGCGGCUGGUCUCUUGCCCCUCCAAUCAGGGUCGUACCGAGGGUCAGGGCUGUCGACUCUCCGGUCUACAGACUUUUUGACGCAUACAAGGACAUUCCCCGCUAUGAAUCGCGGGAUCCAACUUCCGUCGAGGCUGUCAUGAGCAAACUGAAGCAGCUGCACAGAGGCUUGGAGGAGUGUCUCCAAAAAAGGCCAACGUCGUUCUAUGAGAUCAUUGAACUGGAAUGGACAGAUGUUACUGUUUGGGAUUGCGUUUGGCGUCUGCUGGAGGACUUGAGGAAUGGUACAUCCACGAGCGACAUGCGCGAUCCUCGCGUGCGGGUAUUCCACGAGGCAGUCGCGCUUGCCCACCUCCUGUGCAGAUACGGCGUGGACCCCGCGGAAGAGCAGGGAGUGUACCAGGGCUAUGGUGCCUUAGAAAUAGCCUGGGCGCUCGAGAUACAGGCCUCGGCGUGGGGAGACGGAAACGGGCACCAAGUAUAUAAUGCCAUGCGAGGGCUGAGUGCUCUCGACGCGUGUGGCCGUGGCGGCUGGACCGCGGCCAGUCCUUACGAACGGCGCCAUUACCUUCGGCAACAUCCUGAUCUCCGAAUCUAUCUCGAGGGUGAGCUGUCGGAGCUGACAGUUCUCCUGAUGGCUGGCCAUUCUCCGAAAGAUCUGAGCCGGCUAAAAUCCUUCGAUCAACAGCAACUAAAAACGGAGGUCUUUUUCGGAAUGGAUACUGACGAAGAGAGGACCCCUGGCUGGGGACCGGACCAGUACUACAACGCGUCCGCAGCAGAGAUGGCCCUCGGUUGGCCAGAUGGUCUUGAGUAUGUGGUCGGCUUGGGCUGUGAGAUCCGCCCGGCCCUUUACCUGAGCUUGCUACAAAGGGAUCCAGAGGGGCUGCGCAGGAUCCUCAGGACCCCAACUGCCAUAUUCUCGCCGCGAGAAUCCCCGUCCCUCCUCGAGGUCGCAGCGAGCUCGGGGUGCGAGGCCAUCCAGGCAGCCGCUGUCGAGCUGGCUAGCCGACGGAGGAUGCUAAACGACUACGCCCUCAAAAUCCUUGAGCCCGACCACUGCGCGGAAUACGGCCUGCGCCCGGGCAAGCUCCUUGUGCGGCACUCGGCGCAGGUCUUCGAAACGAUAACGGGCGAUUACUACGCGGCAAAGGUCCCAGAAAAUCUCAUUUGCCACUCGGAAUUCUCGACGUACGAAUUUUUGCUCAGGGUUGAUCCAUAUAGAUGGUUUGAGUAUGCAGACUCCUGCUCCCUUGAUCCACUCUUCCAGGCCGGCUUCGACGACGUCGACGCCCCAGACGGCUCCGGGGAAACGAUUCUAUUCAAGUGGUGCAUGCGACCGUGUCCCAAGCCGUUGGACAUGCCGGACACCCACAUCAGUCUUUGGCUAUUACGCCACGGCGAAAACAGGGCGUUCCCGGCCGGGCCCGUCCUGGAGAACCAGUCCUACCCCGGCGCGCAGUUUCAGAUCGCCGGUCUGCUAGGGAUCGAGCACCUCAAACACACCGCGAAUAUAAACCGACCCAAGGCAAUGACGCAACUUGCCUUGCGGGCCAAGGCGACCCUCACACCGCCGGACGCGACGGUCGCGGACGGCUGCGUCUGCUACUGCUCCUCCAGCCCGGAGUGCUCCACCCGGGGGUCGUGCGCCUCACGCGGCUGCUGCUCGCCCGAGGGGUGCCGGCCGCACUGCAUGUUCAGGAUGCUCACCGGCAAGACCCCGACGCCGAGCGUCCACGGGGACGGACUGGCCAGAGUGACCGCGGCGACCAUGCGCCGGUCGAGAAAUCGGCUCCUGCAUCGGUGGGGGCGCUGGUGCGAAAUGUCAGGCAUGGAUCAAGAGGAGUACUACCUGCAGGCCUGCCGUCUGGAGCUGUUCGACAGGCUAGACAUGGCGCACACCUGCUGCCUCAGCCGGAUGGGCUCCGGGGACGCGAGGCUUCUGCGGCGCCGCGCUUGCCCAGACGAGGAGGAGCGGGCCGAGAUGCGCGAGGAGGACGAGGAAUCGGCCAGGCAGCUCGAGGCCAUUUUGCAGCAGUACCGACUGGCCCGCUGGAAACACCGUCGAACCUCUCUAUACACUCGCAAGGGCAGAAGCUCGGCUAUAUGCUUCUGGGAUCUUUGGUGGGGCGCCGUCGACGUCGUGUUGCCUUUAACUGCCGAGGACGACCCGCAACAUCGACACGUUGGGGCUUUCAGCCAAGUUAUCGGAGAGCACUUCAGAACGGCCCAGAGAAUCCUGGAUUACAUUUUCCAUGUCCAUCGCGCACAAAGGAUUACCUUUAUCGCAUCUCGGCCGCGGUCACGGGGAGCAAUGAAAAGGUUGGCGAAUAUUAGGAGGGAAAGGAUCGACGCAGUGAUGGAAAAGCGAGUGAAAUCCAUGCGACGGAAAUGCAAGCGGGAAGGCGCGGCCUGGUGGCUGCCGGGUCAUUUAGAAAGUAAAAUGCGGCAGAGCUUGAAAAGGAUACGCCAAUUCCGGGAGACAGAUGAAAAGGGCAGGCCAGGUCAGAGGAGCAAACGGGGGCGAACGUGCGGGCGAGCGAUUAAGGCAAUCAGGCAUCGGCGAGAGACCCAGGUCAAACUCAAGUACGGGAGAUGGUUUCUGUGGGUGGGAUUCCAGAAAUGGGCGAAGGCCUUGGAGGGACUUUUCUAGUGGUGAUUUAUCGAAGAGGAGGCUGCUAGUAGACGUUACGGGGAUGAGAAUUGGUAAUCUGGAAGAAAGUUCCUUUAAAAGCGGGAAUACCAAAGAAUAAGAAAAAGAAUAAGGAAAAGAAGCUCACAUAGGAAAGCUUACCGUACCAACAAUUUUACUUGAUCUUUGGGACCUGU